AUCGUGAUCCAUCUGAUUCCAUACUUCUAAGCACUACCAGAUAGAACUAACUCUUGUCACGUGUCUCUUAGAAAAUCAAAGUGGGCCGUGAUCGAAUAUUAUUUUUUUACAAAUCGUGUAAUGCCAAGUGGCUUUGUGAUUGAUCCAGGAUUUUGACGCUUUACUAUCGCGCAGUCAUUAUGAAGAUUCUUAUUUUCUUAGGAUUUGCAACGAUGGUUUGUGCACAAUAUAACAGAUACCCGUACAACCCUGAUUAUUAUGGUCGACGUUUCGCCAUACUACGACAGACACAAAAUUCUUCUCCGGAUGGAUCAUACUCCUACAGUUACGAUACAGAAAAUGGCAUAUCUGUAGCAGAACAAGGUACACCCAAAUUUAUUGGACCGAAUCAAAUUGAAUCAGUUCGAGGACAAUUCAGUUACACCGCCCCGGAUGGCACACCGAUUUUGCUUACUUAUACUGCUGACGAAAAUGGUUUUCUACCAAAUGGUGCUCAUUUACCAACACCACCACCGAUACCAGUAGCGAUACAACGUGCUUUGGCUCAUAAUGCAGCUCAUCCUGAAGAAGAAGAACCUUAUAGAAGAUACUGAUGAUGAACGUAAAGCAUGUUUUAACUGUCUAAGAAAGCUCUAGUGACAUAAAUUGGAAUAGUAUAACAUAGAUAUAUAAAAAGAUUUUC